UACCAGCCACUCAGCCUGGUCACCAAAAGGAAGAGGAUGCAUUUCUGGAAGAAGACCAAAUAUGCGUCCACCCCAUUCUCUAUAAAAGAUGUCCUGGUGGGGGACAAGGAGAUAACAGCAGCCAACAGGGGGCCCCCAAACCUCAGGGGGGCCAUGCAAAUUUGUGGUUUGGGUGGUGAUAAAACUGCUAAACUGCUUUGCUGUGUGUACUUCAGUAUCCAAAUGGUGAGCAUUCAUAUUACUUUCAGAGGAAAUAUUUAUCCCUGUACAUUUCAUUAUAAUCUAGUGAGAAAGUGAAGUUAAACCACAUAGUAUGCAUGACCACACUCUCUUUGACACACAGGGGUCUCCUCCUAUCAGCUGCUUAACUAUGAAGACAAGUCUGAUGUGUCUCUGGAUGGCCGGCUGGGAAACCACCUGAUCAGCGAUGUCGGGGUUAACAUCAGCGGCUCAGACUCUGUGGCAGUUAAAGCCUCCUUUGGGAUUGUCACGAAGCAUGAAGUGGAGGUUCCGACGCUGCUCAGGGAGCUCGGCUCCAGGAAAGUGGAUCUAGACCACUGUCUGAUCCGCCAGUCAAAGGAGAGUGGGCGGACCAUUUUGUGCGUCGUCAUGGAGAGCAUCCGCACGACUCGACAGUGUUCCCUCACUGUGCAUGCGGGAAUGCGGGGGAAGACUAUGAGGUUUCAGAUUGAUGAUGACCGCAACCCAAAGGGCCGGGAUAAGGCCAUAGUGAUACCAGCACACACAACAAUCGCAUACAGCAUAUUCGAGCUUUUUGUAAGACUGGAUGGGACGCUGGACCUUUGCGUAACAUCCGAGUCCCCUGGUGGCUUUGAGAAGGAGCAAAUUCGAGAGCAGCUGGGUGGCUUCAUCGGCCGCCUGUCCUUUGGACGCCUGCGAAGGUUCUUCUCAGGCAUGGUGUACGAAAACCCCUUCAGAGCAGAUGACAGGACAUUUGUGGAGGUAGCCCACUCUGACAUGUACAUGGAGGACCUUGUGGCAGACUACUAUGAAAAGGCGGCGAGCAUGACAGACAUCUCCACAGGCUAUCUACGGGAAGGCACUCACACCCGCAUCAACCUGCUAAACCACAAUAUCCCCAAGGGUCCAUGUGCACUCUGUGGCAUGGGCCAGCAACGGCGGGAGACCGUCUAUGGCUGCCUCGAGUGCUCCUCCAAUGGACACAAGUACAUCCGAUUGCACGUGGUGCCCUGUUUUGACCUGUGGCACAAGACCACCAGGUGAAUACAGGAUAAUACCUCGGCUCGACUGAGUGACAGCCACUGGGUGAUGCUGACAAAGCAGGCUUAUGUAAAACACAGUUAUGAGAAGCUUGAGGUGCACUGAAGCUCAGCACUGCAGACAGGUUGGUGCUAAUUAGCUUCCAGAUGUUCUCCAUGGUGCUCUGUAUAAUUCAGUCAGCAUAUUAAGACCUAGCAGCGCAAGCCAGUGAACCCCAUUAAAGAUUAUUUUUCACAUUCUGUUAAGGCACAAUGUUCUGUUUCCCAUGAAAUUCCUGGGUUUUAAAGCAAAUAAAAUUGAUUUAUUUAUGUGAAAA